AUGGCCAAGAAAGCCAACCGCUACCCUAAGGCCUACUACGGGUAUGUCCAGUCUAGGUCGACUAAACGAGAAGCAGUCGGCUGUAUCAGGCAAAAGGACAACACCCUCGCCACAACAAACUCCCAGAAGGCCAUCGCCUUGUGUGAGCACUUCCAGAGUGUACACGCGAAGGAUGAGGGCAUUCUGCGACCGAUUCACCAGCCAGUAGGAUCCACGCUGAUGGAGCAAAGUGCUGUCCUACCGGGGGAGAUGGAAAAGACCCUGGUGAGUUUAGGUAGGGGAAAAGCGGCGGGACCGGAUGAAAUGCACCCGGCACUGCUUGGGCCUCUAGGGAGUAUCCUGGCUGCCCCGUUAGCCCACCUAUUCAAUUUGUCCAUGGCAACAGCCACAUUGCCGCAGGACUGGAAAGUAGCUAAUGUGGCCCCAAUCCACAAAGGGGGUGAGAGGGAGCUGGCCACUAACUAUAGGCCCGUUAGCUUACUCCCCGUGAUCCUAAAGGUCAUGGGAUGA